AUGGAUUUACCAUUUAUGCGAGAUGUACGCGAGAAAUUCAUUGUUUUGUGUGAAAAGGGAAUGCAAACGAUUGAACAACGUACACCUCUGGAUAUGUUACGUGAAAUACUUCGUCAUUAUGGGCCCGAUUCGGCACAAGUUUCCUAUCUGUCGCAUUUGCAUGGACAAGUUAAUGUGUGUGAAAUGGCUUUAACAAUUUUGUGUGUUGAUAUUGGCGCAAGCACUGCACUCAAGGACUCGGCGUUACGACUCUUUUUCAUGCUAAGCGGCGAGAAGAUCAAGAGUGGUAGCCUGGUACCGGCUGUUGGAGUGCCGCACUGGCCACGCGUGAACGAAUCAUUGUCUCUUCUUUCUCCCAACAUUCGCUCACCACUUUAUGCAUCCACGCCGCAGAAACAGAAACGUACUCCUCCACCAGCGGUCCGUAGUGCGCAGCGACCGAGCGACGUAAAUGAAAUCGAUGAUUCAUUUCCCAAUGGAGACUCUUCAUUCGUAGCGACAACUUGUCGACAUGAUGCGCUUUAUCUCUAUUUUUCGCGAUGUGUUGGAUCUUCGUGGAUAAAACCGUUGUGCGAGAUACUUCCGGACAACCAGCUUGUGAGUGUAUACAGCUCGAGUGAACUGGAAUGGUUGAUAAGUAAACUGGGAUCGCUGAAAAAAGCUGUCGAAGAUUACGAUUUGCUUGGCAACAUCCAGGACGUGCAGCCCUUCUUUCUCUCUAGUGUCUAUACGCCACGAUAUCGCAGUAAUGGUAACAUUCAUCCAUUCAUUUCGUAG